GUUUAAGCGUCCUUCACCGCUUCCCGUCACAUUGAUCUUUCAGCUAGACCCCAAAUAUGCCUCUUAUUCCUCGUCCUUACUCACCUCACAUAGAUAUAUACACAUGAUAGACGAGUUCGAGCUCUAGAUUGUUUGCCAUGGAUGUUUGCCAACAGCGUCGACCGAAUAAGCUUGGUCGCAGCAUCAAGCAAGGACACCAAGAUAGAGUCAUCCAGAGAAAUAUCUUAGGUCCAGGACGGAUUGGCCUUCGAGACGGACAGCAACCCUGCGUGAAUAAAUGUUACAAUCAAUUUGUUGAAGAAUGGUAUGGGAAGACGCACGGAGGCUUCGAGAGCGUCUGCGACCAACUAGCGCAUGUCGAGUCUGAUACGGAAUUAUUGAGGCUAUAUUGCUGCGACUCGACCAACUGUGGUGUCGCCACUGAGGUGAAAGGGCAGAGUCCCAGCGUCGACUUAAUAAUUAAUAAGUGUCAAAAUAUUGGCAACUACUUGAUUUAUGAUCCAGGGCCUCCCCAAUCUAACGGCUUCAAUUGCAGUACACUUGCGAGCGGAGAGAGCGGGAAUCCAACUCCAUUACCGAGUAAUAGCCCAUCAGCAAUGGAAACCACCAUACCCAGCUCCUCAUCCGCAGCAGCGGCCACAUCCCUAAGCUCAGAGCUUAACUCGACCGCGUCGGGAUUUGGCGCGGUGCCAAGCACGCCGACGGGCCUCACGGAGGGCAGCAAGGCCGCGAUAGGGAUUUGCUCGAGCUUGGCGAUAAUUGCGAUCAUCUUCCUCGUCGGCUACCUCAUCAGCCGCCGUCGAUCGCCUCCCAAGAGCUUCGCGGGUAACGCCCCUCCAAACGCACCCCGCCUCAAUCGAUCCUCCUCUGAGCCGCCGAGCGGCUCCCACACGCCGCUGAUCACGCCGCCGCUCUCGGCUAAGGGGCCUCCGCUGACGCCACCCGCUCGCCUGAGCGAUCGCAGGUUCUUGCCGCCGCUGCUUAAACAAGGGCAGGGUGGUACACCGAGUUCGUCUCUGGUUGACGGGAUUGACGAACGCGCGUAUUUACCCAUCGCUCUGGGCUCACCCACGGAAAAGAAAUCCGCGCUCAGACACGGGCGCCAGACUACCCCGAACGGCGUCGCCAAGUCCGCCGGCUCGCCAUCACUCCCAACGGCCGUACACUUUGCUCCUCAACUCCUGCGCGAUAGCGGAAGCUCGUAUAGUAGCGGACACGGCGGAGCGUCGACAGCGUCGAAUAAAGUCGACUCGGUGUAUUCGGGAACGGCGCUGGUCCACGGGACCCACACACCCCCUUUAUCAUCACCCUUAUCCCCGACCCGGCCCGCACGCCCGCAUAACGCUAACGCGCGUCUCGAGAUCCCAGACCUGGUCACGCCGGCCGGGCCGCCGCCCAGCCGCGCUCUUCCAGUGCCCCCGCCGCCGUACCACCCCGUCUCCCCGACUUUCACCGUGUCUCCCCUGACACCUUCGAGUCCCCCCACGUUACCAUUUAGGCCCUUGGCCCUCGGCGAUAGUACGCGCGCUUACAGCAGCUCACACUUAGGCACUGGUACUACGGAUCAUAAGGGGUAUCCGGAGACCGGCGGCGGGUUAUCUUCGUCAGCGAGAGACCUUUGCGAUUUGACGGAGUCGUACGCGCGCGAGACGUCGGAGAGCUGGGGGAGCUGGAAUGGCGGUGGGGGUGGCGGGCCGGGUGUGGGGAUCGCGGCGGGGGGUGGUGGUGGGAGUAGGAAAAGGGGCAGUGGUGGGCGAGCACGGGAUAUUGUGAAUGGCAACGGUGAGAAGAAGGGGGAACGGGGGUCUGUGGUGUCGUUGCAGGAGUUAGAUCUGGAGAGCUUGGGGGGUAAGUAUUGAUGUGAUACAUGCAUGCAUGCAUGGGCUGUACCAUUGUGACAGUGGUCGAAAUAAGGGCUAGGAAUGAGGAUAAGGGAUACUGGUAUAGGUAUACGCACACGCGGCACCGGGUGAUGGAGGCACAGUGAUAUAUCCCGCUAUGGGGAUAAUUCCGUCGUGGUAAAACGGUGGCUUUGUGACCGAUGCGAGCUGGUAAGGUUAUUGGAUAAUGGCUGAC